AUGAAUCACCUGCCAGAUAAAACCAACAAAACAGACAAAUUUAAUGAACUGGUUAAAUUGAUGAAAACGAUAUUUAAAUCGACCAACACCAUCUAUGCAUGGGGUCGUUUACGUGCCGAACUGGAACCAUUUUCACACAGUGGCUUAUUUCAACUUUCCGAUAUUCCAGCGAAAGUAUUCAAUGUUCAACGUCGUUUUCGAGAGUGGUAUAAUGACCGACACCCACACACCGAAGAAUGUCAACGACAAAAAACGGUCCACAACAACGAUGACUACGACGAUUGUCUCCGUCCACGUACUCAUCGUCCAUACAAGGAAGCUAAUGACCAGUGGGGUCUUCAGAUGGCCAUAGCACGAACAUUUGGCCAAUAUUUAGAUAAAUCAAGCACAUUGGCAAAUUGGGCAGUUGGACUUGAUACGGCCUUGGGUACUUAUAUGCCGCCACAAAAACGUGAACGAUUAAAAACAUACGCAGCGUACGACUGUUUGGCCGUAGAAAAAUUGAUUUAUCCGAUAUUCCAUGACUGGACAUUAGAACAAGUUCGGAAUUAUGAUCAAACAUUUACGGAUAUGGUUCUUCAUGUUCAAAAUGAAGAACCAGCCGUACAAGAUCAACAACAGCAAACUGAUAACCAGGAUGAACCAUCGCCACAAGUCCUACAGCAAGAUCACGAUUCAAUGAAUUUAGAUCUAGUUCUUCAUGUACAAAAUGAAGAACCAUUGGAACAAACAGCAGAAGAAGAAGAUAAUCAUCAUUAUGUACAAGGUCACCAACAACCACACUUACAAUCCAAAAUCGUUAUACCACCAAGAUUAAAAAUCGUCAAUAUACCGCAUUUACAAUCCAAAGUAGUCAAACAACGUACACAAUAUGAACAGAAGAUAAAAAACCGAAAAGGAAGCCACUGGAGUCGCCGAAACCGAUAUCGAUGGGAGGUGAUACAACAAGUAUUCAAUGACAAGACUCAAGGUAUUGGUUUUUCAAUAACAAUGGUCAAACAAAUUUUACGUUCAAUGGGUAUACGGUAUACCAACAUCAAUAUGGUUGGACAAACAUUGUUUAUUGGUACAAAGGAAGCACAUCAACAAUGGAUUCGACAAGCAUUAGAUCAAGACCAAUUUAAUGAAGAACAUUAUCAUCAGUUCAUAAACAAAAACGACCAUCCAGAACCGUAG